CGCUAUCACCACACUUGUUCUGCUACUCUUUGGUGGACAUGGGAUCGCUCAAGGACGUGAUGCAGCUGACCCCCGAGGAGGAUGAGGAGGCGUGCAUCUACGCGAUGCAGCUGUCCGGCGGCUCCGUCCUCCCCAUGGCCCUCAAGGCGGCCACCGAGCUCCAGAUCCUCGAGACUAUCGUCAAGGCCGGACCCGGAGCCGAGCUGAGCCCUGCCGACAUCGCCGCCCAGCUGCCCACCGAGAACCCUGGAGCGGCGGCCGUCAUGGUAGAUCGGAUCCUCCGUUUACUCGCCGCCUUCCGCGUGGUCAGCUGCACCGUCGAGGACGGCGACGAUGGCCGACCCUCGCGCAAGUAUGCCGCCGCGCCCGUCUGCAAGUACUUGACCAAGAACGACGACGGCGUGUCCCUGGCCGCUCUGGCCUUGUUAAACCAAGACAAAGUCCUCAUGGAGUGCUGGUACUACUUGAAGGACGCGGUGUUGGAAGGCAGCAUCCCUUUCAACAAGGCCUACGGGAAGACGGCGUUCGAGUACCCAAGCACCGACGCCCGGUUUAACCACGUGUUCAACGAAGGCAUGAGGAGCCACUCUACCAUCUUUACCAAGAAGCUGCUCCAGAACUACCGCGGCUUCGACGACGUCAAGGUGCUCGUCGACGUCGGCGGCGGCACCGGCGCCACCCUCCGCAUGAUCACCUCCGAGCACCCUCACAUCAAGGGCAUCAACUUCGACCUCCCUCAUGUCAUCUCCGACGCACCGCCCUGUCCAGGUGUAGACCACAUUAGUGGAGACAUGUUUGAGAGCAUUCCAAGUGGAGGAGACGCAAUCUUUAUGAAGUGGAUUCUUCAUGACUGGAGCGACGAGCACUGUGCAAAGUUGCUAAAGAACUGUUGGAAGGCUCUACCUGAGGAUGGAAAAGUGAUAGCGGUGGAAAGUAUUCUACCAGUAGUUCCAGAGCCCAGUCCUCUAGCCCAGAGUGUCUGUAUUGGAGAUCUGGUUAUGUUGGCUUAUAAUCCUGGAGGCCGAGAGAGGACCCAAAGGGAAUUGCAACACUUGGCAAGAGAAGCUGGCUUCUCAGGAUUCAAUUUCACCUAUGUGUUUGCUGCCACUUGGGUCAUAGAAUUCACCAAGUAGAUUAGGAUUUCUAUUGUUGGCCGAUCCAUCCAUGCUAAUUCUGCUAGUAUUAUCUUGCUUGAUUUGCUUUGAGUUCCUUCGUCAUUUACCUUCAUCCAAAAUAAAUUUUAGUUCUACCCUAUUGCUUGAAGUAUUUUAUCUUCUUCAGCUAUCUACGAGAAAAUCUGUUGAGGGAAAUCCUCUAUUCUGUUAAGGAAAAUAUUUUCUCAUAAUCUGUAUAAAUAAGAGAGGGAUAUGUUACUGUAUUCGAGCUAAAGCUACUCUAAUAAAGUUUCUUCAAUAAAACUUCUUCAAUAAUUAUUCUUAUCUUCUAUUUUUUCCAUCAUGUUUAUUUUCCGUCGUUAGGCUGUCGGUGCAACAAAUAUCUUUCCUCCUCGGCGAACGGUAAUUGUCUUCUCCACUAUGGCAGCGAUCUGCCACCAUCUUGCGGGGGCAUGAUAACCAUAGCAACCGUAACAACAGCAACAAUGAUCUAUUCUUGCCAUACUUA